AUGCCGAUGAGAGAUCAAGUUAACCUUAAACGAUGGAUAAUACUUGUAUUUCUUUUGAUUAUCUCUGUGACUUUUCUAUUUCUACAAUUAUUGUCUCUAAAAGCAAUUGAUAGUACGGUAAGCACGUUUUUUAAUUUAAACAUAAAUGUCAACUCGUGCGACAAAAAGGUCAGCUGAGUUAUGUCUGUCGCAGUAACUGCGUUACUAGCAAGUGCUGGCAGUUUUGAAGUCAGAUAGCAGUUAGUCCUCAUAGUAUUUUUAAAUUUCAUCCGCAGCUGCUUUCAAGAUUUCAAGCGUUAAAGAGCUUGCAGGGACUUCUUUCUAAUCGUGGACGGAAGAAUGAUGUACUGGUAUGUUGACACAUGAGCCUUUCCACCCUAACAUCACCAUUCUCAUCCUCCAUACUACUCUCUAUACAUUUCCUAACGUGCUGACAAGGAGAAUUUGUUUAACGAUCAAGAUGUCCUUCAGUUGGUUAUCAUCUCAUUUAUUCUUGUGACCUCAAUAUUUGUUUCAGGAAUGAUGUUGUUGGGGAAAUUACAUGUAGAUGCUAGUUACUUUUAGGGCUUCAUGAGUUAAAUGAUUUUUACAUGUUUGUAUUCAUUUUAUACUAUUGUUGUUUUAAUUACUAUUAUUCUCUGAUAAUAAUAGUAAUGAUAAUAAUAAUAAUAUGAAUAAUAUGGAUGAUGAGGAAGCAAAAAGAUAAAUGAUUGCAACAACAACAUAAAUUUAAUGAAAAUUUAAGUGGUUGUUACAAAUUUGAAGUAAGUAAAAGGAAAAACAGAUGAUGAGAAACUUUUCUGAGGAACUAAAGACUGCCAUAGACCACAUAAAAGGCCAGGCAGUUGUAUUCACUUUCUCCCAUAAACUUUCAAGGUUAGCAAUUAGUGCUAAAACUCAGAGGGCCAGCUGUUUAAACAAGAUCUAACCCAAACCACACUUUUAAAUAAUCAGUGGGCCUCAGGCUUUCUCUACAAGAGGGAUGAUUUCAUUGACUAAAUUUCCUUCCACUGUUAGCUUUUGACCCUCUUGACACUUUGCUCAAAAAUAAAUUUUCAGAUAAAUGGACCAGCUAUAUUGAGGAUUUUUUAGGAGUCAGUUUUGUCAACAACAGCUAAACUUGUUUAAAUAACCAACCCAGAAUGAUUCAACAGAAGGCUCAGUUAUUAAAUGGAUUUGAACAUGUUACUCCUGUAGAUGGAACAUGUAACUGAAACUCUUGGCACUCGACCAGGAGCUUUUUUUGGAGGGAAACUUGACAAAAAAACUAGGGACAGCCUUUCAUGGACUGUAGUUUUGUCCAAAAGGAGUGCCAUUACUUUAAGUUUCUUGAUCUCAGAGGAUUGAUUAAUACCCACUUGUAGUUACUUCUUGUGAUACCAAUCCUUAGUCAAGCUUAUAGAAGGUAAGGAUUAAGAAAGUUAUGAAACAGUGGAUUUUUCAACUUCUCAGAAAUCAAUUCUCCAUAAGAUGUGAUAACCAGCAUUAAAGAAAAGAUACCCUUAAGAUCUUGGGAUUUCAAGGGAUACUGAUAUUGACUAUAAAAGAGCCAUGAAACUUUUUUUCUCAGAACCAACUAGAGGUAUUCACAGAUGUUGGACAGAAACAUGGAGCUCCAUUAUUUUUAUUUCACCCGCUGUUAUUUGACCCACAAGUAUCUGAAGUGAUCCAGCCUGAAACAAAUGGAUGUAGGCUGUUGUGUGGACAUGAACAUUUUGUAUUUGGUGUGAUAAAUUCAAAAUGGGAAAAAGGACAGAGGAAUUCACUUUCAACAUUAAUAGUGAGUAUGUCAGUUUUUAACCCUUUAACUCCCAGAUCAAAUUUGUAAUUCUUCUUACUGUCAAUCAUACAAUUCUCACAAUGUUAGUUCAGAGAAUUUAGUAUUGGAUCAAGUAAUUAUCCCCAAAUUGAUAUCUGUCUUUAUUCUCAUCACUUAUCUGGUUGAUGUUGUAUUGAUAUUGUAAGGAGAAAUUCUGUCUUGGUCACUAUGGGAGUUAAAGGGUUAAGAAUUUACAUGUAGGUGUAUACUGUGGAAGCAACCAAUUGAUCAGGCUGCUUGUAUUUAUCUACAUGACCUUUCAUUUCUUUUUAUUUUGUCAGUCCCGUUUUAUGUCAGGCCUCCACACCCAAGGUUUCCUUACUGCCUGUGAUAAAGUUCCAGAACCAUGGUUUGAUUCAAGUAAAGAUUUUUUGAGUAUCAAGUCCAUUUUAUCUUCAUGUAAUAUUACCAAGGCUGACGUAGUUAUAAAGCUGGUCAUAUUUUAUGACAGGAAAUCUUAUUUGUGGCAAGGACCUAUUCAAGGAAUUACUGCAGCUACAUUGUUCAAAUAUCCUGCAGCUCAUACCAGGUAAGCAGAUGUAGAAACUUACCGCAAGUGUGAUGUGUAAGGUAUAUGAAAGGAGGGAAAGAAUGUAUUAAAUAUAAAUUUAAUUUUGAGUAAGAGUGUACCAAAGAGACCUUUAAAUCCUGACCCAAUGAAGGCAAACUAUUUGUAUUUUUCUUGCUAGUAAAGACAAGACAUUUUUAGUUUUUACACCUUGUUCAAUUAAAAAAAAAAGACCUGUUAUUGUUGCAAGGCAGGGAGGGGAGUGCUGGUAUUAUGGAAAUUUUGAUUAUAGACCUUUAAAUCCUGACCCAGUCAUGAAGUAUUCGUAUUUUUUUCCCUUGGUGAAGACAAGAAAUUUUUAGUUUUAUGCUUGUUCAAUAUAUUGAAAUAAUUUUUGCUUGUAGGGGAGGGGAGAAUUAUGGAAAUUUUGAGUGGAGACCUAUAAAUCUGGACCCAGUUAAGGCAAACUAUUUGUAUUUUUUUCCCUGGUGAAGACAAGAUAUUUUUUAAUACCUUGUUCAAUACAUUGAAGAAAAGGAUUAUUUUUGCCGGGAGGGGAAGGGAUUAUUGUUGAAAUUUUGAGAAGGAGCAUGUUACCAAGACCUUUAAAUCCUGACGAAGUGAAAAAACCAGACAAAAAAACUGUUAAACUGUAUUUAUCAAUUUAUGUUUUAGAAAACAAAAGUUAUAUAACCCCUAAAGGUUUGAGGAAAAAGUUAUCGAUGGAAUACCCAUCAGUAUUCCUGCUGAUCUAAAGAAGCUUACCUCAGAGAUUAGCCAGUCACAAUUUACAGGUUGUAAUCUCAGUAAUGCUCAAGCAUAUUAUGGCAAAUAUGGAAGAGAUGUUUCCCAAGAUGCAGUCCUUUUUAAAAAGAAAGCAUUAGAAGUUUUGUCCACAGCCAUCGAUACUCUGGAUCGCCUGGGUGUUAGAUUUUGGCUUAGCAGUGGAACAUGUUUAGGUAAGAAAAGUCAUGGGAGAUUUAACGAAACCAAGAUGAGUUCAACUGCAAAGAUUUUCAGACCCAUUCAAUCAUAAUCUUAAAACUUUUUUUUAACUUGCUCCCUUGUUUACUCCCCAUUUCCCUGCCUUUCUUUCAAUUUUCUACAUGUACCAUUCUCUGACAUUUAUUCCUUUAGUAAUCUUCCCUUAUUUGUCUUGUUUGUUACUUUUGUCACUCAUGAAUUAACCCUUAAACUCUCAAGAUCUCAUUAGUAAUUCUCCUUACUGUCUGUUAAAUGAUUCUUAUUAUGUUAGUUUGGAGAAUUUGGUAUCAGAUCAAUUAGCAAGCCCAUAAUUGAUAUUUUUCUUUAUUCUUAUCACUCGUCUGCAAGAUAUGGUAUAGAUAUAGUAAGGAGAAAUUCUCUCUUGGUCACUCAUAGGAGCUAAGGGUUAACUAAUUCAAACAAUUAUAUACAGUCUGUCAACAAAUUCUGAGGCUUUUCCAGCCUUUUCAAAAAAAAAAAAUUGCUCAAGAAGAAAGUUCUUUGUGAAUUUUUGAAGCAGCUAUUGUUUGGAUCCAUCCAAACUUUUUUUGCAGAAUAAUUUCUGGUGCCGUUCAGCACAUUUUGUUCUUUCAGCAUGUGUAGGUUAAUUCUUCUCUGAAGUAAUAAAUAAAUAAUAAAGUUAAGGACUUUGUUUUUUUUUGUAUUCCAACUAAUGUUUUAUAACAUGUCAAUAAAGGCACUGUCUCAAUGUUUUUUAAAAUAUUUGUAUUCUCUUCUCACAAAUCUUAAGGUUGGUUCAGGCAGUGUGAUAUUAUUCCCCAUAGUAAAGAUGUUGACCUUGGUAUUUGGAUCAAGGACUAUAAUUCACUUCUUAUUGCUGAAUUUGAAAAAAGUGGACUGCUUUUAAAACACAGAUUCGGCCGGGUAAGCUUUACUUUAGUUUAAUCUUCUCAAGGGUUCACAUGAAACAAACAAGAUUUUCUAGUGUACAAAACACGUUUCUACAUUACUCAUGUUGUCUUCAGUUGCAAAAUAGUGCUUGUUUUUACGUAUUACAAUUUGAAUUCAUCUUUACAAAUGUGUUCUUGAAUUACGCCUAAGGGGCAGAGAUUUUAUUUGCCUCAUUAUUUUAUGAGAUAAAGGUGCUCUGGAUUUUCAGGCUAGUGUAAUGCCUGAAGCGCUGUCGGUAAACCGUAUUCUUAUACAACAUAGACUUCAAUUUGUUUGGUUUAUUUUUGGAUUUUUUUUAACUUACCCAUUCUUCCUCUGUUCUGUUUAGAUAGACGAUAGCUUUGAGUUGUCCUUUAGAACAGAAGAGGAUUAUGUGAAGUUAGAUAUCUUCUUUUUCUAUGAAGAGAAGGAAUACAUGUGGAAUGGUGGAACACAGGCUAAAACGGGAAAAAAAUUCAAGUAAGUUAUUAGUAAGAUGGCUACCAAAUCCACUUUGUAAAUACGAAGUCUGGUUUAUUUGCCCGCCGUGGAUAAAUUUUUGCCAGCCUAAUUUGAGCCCUGAAAUGUUUUGAGUUUCCAGGUUUGAUAACCGAAAGUUUCAGUUUUGGGAAGAAAUUGAAGGGAAGAAUAAUUUUAAAUAAGGAUCAAUAAAGAUGAAGUUUUAAAAAAUGUUGCACAAAGCAAGACGCGCUUACCUGGUGCCUUGAACUGCAACAACAUUGACGGAAAUUCUGAUGGAAACAACGGAUUUAGAUUUAGGACAAGGUGAAUUUGAGCAGAGCUUUUUUUCUUAGGCAUAUUUUCAGUAUAAAACUAUGGGUGUUCAUGUGAGUAUUGCAAGCAGGGAUGAUAAAAUAAGCUUACCUUUAAAAAUGAAAGUUUCCAUGGCUUCCCAGGAAGCGAGUGAUUGUCUCUCGUUUUUCCGCGCUUAGUGCGGGUUGCAAAGUUUUUUUCGCACUCUGCUACAUCUGAGCGACAUUUCACAUUUGCAAAUAUGAAAUGUGGCUUUGACAUAAAGGAGAAGCUAGGGAAAAUGCAACUACAACAGGUAUUCCGUUGAAUAAUAUUCACCUCGCAAAUAAUUGGUAUAUAACAGGCAGACAUGAAAAGUAAUUUAUGUAUAUCUUUUUACUUCAUUUGGCCCACAGGUACAUCUUUCCAAAAUUUACUCUUUGUUGGACAGAGUUUCUCCUAAUGAAGGUGCGAAUUCCUUGUGAAACAGAAUCUUAUAUCAUGGCAAACUACGGCAGGAAUUGGCAGAUUCCAAUCAAAGAAUGGAACUGGAAGGAAAGCCCGCCGAAUGUGCGAGAGAAUGGUCAGUGGGACGAGAAGGACUGGGAUGAAGUAAUUCAACUGUUUUGAGACUUCGAUGGGGAAAUAUUUAUGAGUCACUUUUUGUAUUUCCGUCGAUAAUUUAUAAUAAAAAAAAACACAAC